UCCUUCAUCGGCUACAAGGAACGGCCAGAGACGUCUGACCACAGCUUGCCACCUCUGAAUAACUUCUCGGUGGCGGAGUGCCAGCUGAUGAAGACGGAGCGGCCUCGGCCCAACUCCUUUGUCAUCCGAUGCUUGCAGUGGACAACAGUCAUCGAGAGGACCUUCCAUGUGGACUCUCCCGAAGAAUCCUACGAGGAGUGGAUGCGAGCCAUCCAGACGGUAGCAAACAGCCUGAAGAACCAGGAACCGGAGGCGGACACAAUGGAUUACAAGUGCGGAUCUCCUAACGACAGCACUGGCGCUGAGGAGAUGGAGGUGGCCGUCAGCAAAACCCGCGCCAAGGCCACCAUGAAUGAUUUCGAUUACCUGAAGCUCCUGGGAAAGGGCACUUUCGGCAAAGUCAUCUUGGUGCGGGAAAAGGCCACUGGCCGCUAUUAUGCCAUGAAAAUCCUACGGAAAGAGGUCAUCAUUGCGAAAGACGAGGUGGCACACACUGUUACGGAGAGCCGGGUGCUGCAGAACACCAGGCACCCCUUCCUCACUGCACUGAAAUAUGCCUUUCAGACGAACGACCGACUGUGCUUCGUCAUGGAGUAUGCCAACGGCGGAGAGCUGUUUUUCCACCUCUCAAGAGAACGCGUCUUCACGGAGGACCGAGCCCGUUUCUACGGCGCGGAAAUAGUCUCUGCGCUGGAGUACCUGCACUCCCGGGACGUGGUGUACAGGGACAUUAAGCUGGAAAACCUCAUGCUGGACAAAGACGGCCACAUCAAAAUCACCGACUUCGGGCUCUGCAAGGAAGGCAUCACAGAUGGAGCCACCAUGAAGACCUUCUGCGGCACUCCCGAGUACCUGGCUCCGGAGGUCCUGGAGGACAAUGAUUACGGCCGCGCCGUGGACUGGUGGGGCCUGGGGGUCGUCAUGUACGAGAUGAUGUGUGGCCGCCUCCCCUUCUACAACCAGGACCACGAACGCCUCUUCGAGCUGAUCCUCAUGGAGGAGAUCCGCUUCCCUCGUACCCUCAGCCCUGAGGCCAAAUCCUUGCUGGCCGGGCUGCUCAAGAAGGAUCCCAAACAGAGGCUCGGCGGAGGUCCCAACGAUGCCAAGGAGGUGAUGGAGCAUCGCUUCUUCGCCCCCAUCAACUGGCAGGACGUGGUUCAGAAGAAGCUGGUCCCGCCAUUCAAGCCCCAAGGGACGGCCGAGAUCGACACACGGUAUUUCGAGUUCACCGCCCAGUCCAUCACCAUCACCCCGCCGGAUCGCUAUGACAACAUGGGCUCCCUGGAGAACGACCAGCGGACACACUUCCCCCAGUUCUCCUACUCUGCCAGCAUACGGGAGUAACCGGCAGCAGCGGGAUUUGGCCU